CAGACGAACAGCGGGUGUGGCGGCGUCCUCGUUCCCGCCUCCCCAGCCUCAGUGCCACCCUCGCCGGGCCAGUACCACCAGCCGUCCCCCUACGGAGGAGGCGGCGGCGGCGGCGCAGGCGCAGGCGCGGUGAACAACAACCACCACAAGGGCGGUGCGACAGGUGUGUCGCUGUCGAUGGCCACCCAACACCAGACGGCGGGCGUGUACCGCGGCCAAUGGGGCGGCCUGGGAGGCGGCCACCAGCCGCCCACAGCUGCCCCCGCUGCUGCGGCAGCCGCCUACUACCAGCAGCGGUACUCGGCGGCGGCGCAGGCGCAGCAGCAGCAGAUGCAGCAGCACGCGCAGCAAGCGGUGUCGCCUGCGCAGAACUCGUAUGCUGGAGGCGGCACCACGACGGCCGGUGCCAACUAUAACCAUUCGAAUUCGUACGGUAAUCAAAGAGUGCCAACGGCAACGUCGCCGUCGAACGCCAGCAGCUCGAGCAGCCACACGGGCGGCAGCCAGAGCGGCCGCAACGUUUCGACCUCGCUGUCCAACAGCAUGGCCAACAACAACACGAACUCGUCGUCGAACAAUUCGUCCUCGGGCUCGGAGCAGCUGUCGAAGACGAAUCUGUACAUCAGAGGAUUGAAUCCGGGGACGACCGAUAAGGAUCUAGUUAACAUGUGCCAGCAAUUCGGUACGAUCAUUUCUACCAAAGCCAUUUUAGAUAAAAACACAAACAAGUGUAAAGGUUACGGUUUUGUAGAUUUCGAUAGCCCAGCGUCAGCCGAGGGCGCAGUGAAGGCGCUAACAGCAAAAAACAUUCAGGCUCAAAUGGCGAAAGUGGGUAUUUGGUAUCACCAACGUAGACAAGCCACUCAACAAGAGCAAGAUCCUACAAAUUUGUAUAUAGCAAACUUGCCUCCCAACUUCAAGGAGUCUGAUCUGGACAGUAUGCUAACAAAAUAUGGGCAGGUGAUAUCGACGCGUAUCCUUCGCGACGCCGCUGGCAUCUCUAAGGGCGUCGGUUUCGCCCGCAUGGAGAGCAAGGAAAAGUGCGAGUACAUCAUCCAAAAGUUCAACGGCAACGUCCUCAACGCCGGCAAAGAACCUCUACUGGUCAAAUUCGCCGACGGCGGCAGCAAGAAGAAGAAUCUUUAUAAAAACAAUGAAAACGGGAAGUUGUGGAGGGAUGGGGCUGAAGGCUUGGCAGUGGCGUACGGGGGAGCGGACGGAGGAUUGGGAAACGGGGUGGCCGGGCAGCAUUUGAUGCCGGCGUUGCCGAAUUUCAGGACGUACAACCAGUUCCCUUACGGCCAAUGGCCCAUCCAAUACCUGAUGCACCCGCCAUUGCAGUCGGUCGAGGACAGCUACAAUCUGUCCGGGCAUAUGGGCGCGCCCUACAAGAGCGACGGACAGGGGCCGCGCGGCAUCCCUCUCAUGAUGCCAUCCACCGACACCAGCAUUCCCUUCACGAACAUCAUACCCCAGUUGACCACGCAAAUGGGAACCAUGCAACUGGGCACCGGCUCGUACAUAUCGCCGCAGUACCAGUACUACCAACCCUCCAUUUUGCACGCGAUGCCCGUCGACUCCGAGCACACCUCGAACGCCGCCAGUCCUGACGAUCCCUACCAGGCGUACCAGCCUGCCCCUAAGUGAGCGGCCUCCGAGCGAGGGGCCCCUAAGCGAGGGGCUAUUAAGUUUUUUCGGGGGUCGGAGAGGGUUUUUUUGGGAAAGGGUUGUGGCUUCUGGUUCGGUCGGUAUUGGACGAUGUUUUUCUAAGAUCAUAGGGAUUCGCUUUCGUGCGCUCCAAGAGAUGAAAAAUAAAGUGCAGGGGGGUGAAAGGUGGAUUAGUACUGCUUUCAUUUGAAUAAUUGCCGAUUUGAGCGAUCUUGGGUGAUUUUGCACUUUUCAUGCGAUGGAUUUUCUUUCGUAAGAAUAUUUUUGUUUGAAAAACAU